CGGGCGACGCGUUGGGCGGUGUGCGGCAUGUCGGCGCUUCGCUGGGGCCACGGCGCGUCCGGUCUCCGGAGAGCCCUGUGGCCGGCGGGCCGCCCCGGCCCCAUGGCCGAGGAAGGGGCCUUCAGUGCUGUCUGGGGCAGCAGAAGGAGCUCCUCUGCUCGUCCUUGUGAGCAAGACCGCCGGAAAGACUGGGGCCAUGCGGAGCUGCUGGAGGUGCUUGAGGCGCGGGUGCGGCAGCUGCAGGCCGAGGGUGUGUCGGAGGUGAUGGUGAAGAGGGUUGGCGUGGCUCGACGACUGCCAGCAUCCGGAGGCUUCCAGCCCCCUGGGAAGGCCCGGACAGGGCGCAAGGGCCCUGCCGCGGACCUCGGCGACCUCUGGGCCCAGAAGCUGAACAAGGAGAAGUCUGCGAUGCAGAAGCGGAAGCUGCGGCUGGAGGGGAAGCUGCAGCUGCAGGCCCAAGACCUGGAUUGUGAGCACGAGCUGCGCGUGGUGCCCCGCCUGCUGGACGCCCAGUUGGCUGGCUGCCUGCAGCACUGGGAACACGGGCCUCCCCAGAGCCUCCAGGAGGGGCAGCUGGCGCAGCUGCUGCAGGAGGCCCCGCGGCGGCCGAGUCCCGAGGAAAAGCCGGCCCGAGAGGCCAGGGGCGCCGACAUGCGGCUGGAGAUCCAGCAGCAGAAGCUCCUGGCCUUCUUGGAGUGUUGCCUGCUCACGGGCCACCUCCCUCUCGCCCACCACGUGCUGGUCACCCACCACAGCCGGGCCCGGCAGCGGCGCCGGCUCACGCUGGCCAUGUACAACACCGUCAUGCUCGGCUGGGCUCGCAAGGGCUUCUUCAAAGAGCUGGUGUACGUGUUCUUCAUGGUGAAAGACGCUGGCCUCACCCCAGACCUGUUGUCCUAUGCGGCUGCCCUGCAGUGCCUGGGACGCCUGGACCAGAACACCAGCACCAUCCAGAGGUGUCUGGACCAGAUGGCCCGGGAUGGGCUGCAGCCACAGGCGCUCUUCAGCAGCGGCGUCCCGCUGUCCCCGGAGGAGCAGGCCAUGGUCCUGAGGGCCAUGCGCAAGGCCCAGCCCACGUUCAGCCCGCCGCCGCCGCCGCCGCCGCCCCCACCCCAGGUCAACACCUCACCGCUGCUCAGGGAGAUCUAUGCCAAGGGAGGGCCUGUGUCCUACCCAAAGUCGCACCUGCCCUUGCGGGAGCUGCAGCGCCUUUUCCAGCAACAGCUGCGUGUGGAGAUGGCCACCACCGUGGCUGUGGAGUCCGUGGAGCAGGCCCGGGUGCUGACCGAGGAGGUCCUGCGGGCGCGGAACACCGUGCAGCAGCUCCGUGCCGAGUGGGUGGAGGCCCUGUGCCUGGGGCUGCGGAACCUGAAGGCCAGUGAGGUCUGUGCUGCCCGCGCCGGCCGCCCCACCGUCUUCCCGUUUCUGUGCGUGCUUCCGGAGAAGGAGCUCGCCGAGCUGCUGUUGCAGACCCUGCAGGUGCUGCCGCCGCAGGGGGAGUCGCUGCUGUCCCUGGCGCAGCAGCUGGGCGUGCGCGUGUUCAGCCGGCACGCGGUGCGGAGGCAGCGGCUGAGCAGCCGGCUGCGGGCACUCCGGGAGCGCUACCACCAAUACGUGCGCCUGCUGGCCUCCGACACCCAGGUGGAGGUGCCCUGCCUGCCACGGCAGUACUGGGAGGCGCUGGGGCCGCCUGAGGCCCCCCACGAGCAGCCUUGGCCCUUGUCUGUACUGGUGCAACUGGGCAAGAAGCUGGCCGAGAUGCUGGUAGAGGCCGUGCGGAUGCCUGGCAGCGUGGCCGCCCCGCAGGGCCCCUGCACGCUCAUCCCCGUGCUCUACCAUGUGUACUCCUUCCGCAGCUUCCGCCAGAUUGGGAUCCUGAAGCCACACCCGGCCUUCAUCGAGCUGCUGGCGACGGCCGCAGAGCACACGCUGACCUUCGAGGCGGCCGAGGUGCCCAUGCUGUGCCCACCGCUGCCCUGGACGUCACCGCACACGGGUGCUUUCCUGCUGAGCCCCACCAAGCUCAUGCGCUCGCUGGAGGGCACCGUGCAGCACCAGCGCCUGCUGGACAGCUGCCCGCCCGCCGACCUGCACGGUGCCCUGGACGCCCUCACCCAGCUGGGCAACUGUGCCUGGCGGGUCAACGGGCGCGUGCUGGACCUGGUGCUGGAGCUCUUUGCCGCCAAGGGCUGCCCGCGUCUGGGGGUGCCGGCCCCGGCCUCCGAGGCACCCCGGCCGCCCGAGGGCCGCCUGCCGCCUGGCGCCUCACCUGCCCAGAAGGCCGAGGUGCGGCGGGAGCUGGCCCGCUGCCUGAAGGUGGCCCGGGAGAUGCACAGCCUGCGUUCGGACGCCCUGUACCGGCUGUCGCUGGCCCAGCACCUCCGGCACCGCGUCUUCUGGUUGCCGCACAACAUGGACUUCCGCGGCCGCACCUACCCCUGCCCGCCCCACUUCCACCACCUGGGCAGCGACCUGGCGCGCGCCCUGCUGGAGUUUGCCCAGGGCCGUCCGCUCGGCGCUCGCGGCCUGGACUGGCUCAAGGUCCACCUGGUCAACCUCACGGGGCUCAAGAAGCGCGAGUCGCUGCGGGCACGCCUGGCCUUCGCCGACGAGGUGAUGGAGGACAUUCUGGACUCUGCCGACCGGCCCAUGACGGGCCGCAAGUGGUGGAUGGACGUGGAUGAGCCCUGGCAAGCCCUGGCGUGCUGCAUGGAGAUCGCGCGGGCUGUGCGCUCUCCUGACCCAGCUGCCUACGUCUCUCACUUCCCGGUUCACCAGGAUGGCUCCUGUAACGGCCUACAGCACUACGCCGCCCUGGGCCGGGACAGCGUGGGGGCCGCCUCUGUCAACCUGCUGCCUUCGGAUGUACCGCAGGAUGUGUACAGUGGGGUGGCCGCACAGGUGGAGGUGUUCCGCAAGCAGGACGCCAAACGGGGCGUGCGCGUGGCCCAAGUGCUUGAGGGUUUCAUCAGCCGCAAGGUGGUCAAGCAGACGGUGAUGACCGUGGUGUACGGGGUCACCCGCUACGGGGGCCGCCUGCAGAUCGAGAGGCGCCUGCGGGAGCUCAGCGACUUCCCCCAGGAGUUCGUGUGGGAGGCCUCACACUACCUGGUGCGCCAGGUGUUCAACAGCCUGCAGGAGAUGUUCUCAGGCACCCGGGCCAUCCAGCACUGGCUGACCGAGAGCGCCCGGCUCAUCGCCCACACGGGCUCGGCCGUGGAGUGGGUCACACCCCUGGGCAUCCCCAUCAUCCAGCCCUACCACCAGGAUGCCAAGGUGUUGAUUGCCGGCGGCAUGCAGAGCCUCACGUUCAGCCAGAGCGGGGACACCAGCCAGAAGCCUAACACACUGAAGCAGAAGAACGGGUUCCCCCCCAACUUCAUCCACUCGCUGGACUCUUCCCACAUGAUGCUCACGGCCCUGCACUGCUACAGGAAAGGCCUGACCUUUGUGUCUGUGCAUGACUGCUUCUGGACCCACGCGGCUGAUGUGGAGGUCAUGAACCAGGUGUGCCGGGAGCAGUUUGUCAGUCUGCACAGCCAGCCCAUCUUGCACAACCUAUCCAGGUUCCUGGUGAAGCGGUACUGUGCCAGCACCAGGCUCAGGGCCCCCCAGCACUCCAAGAAUCUGUGGAUGGGCAAGCUGCAGGACACGCUGAAGUCCGUGCCGAAGACAGGGGCCUUGGACCUGGAGCAGGUGAAGCACUCCACUUACUUCUUCAGCUGACGUGGUGGUCCCCAGGCGAGGUCCCCAGCUGCUGUCCCCAGCCAGGCACCGCGCAGGCUGCCCGCCCGGUACCAUAGUGUAAAUAAAGCCCUGUUGUCACUCGAGGGAUCGAUUGUCUUCCGCCG